GAUUGUAAAAUUGAGAAAAUUCCUCAUGGCAAAUUGAUCCGUAAUUACACCCUGAAUAUGACUCUAGUUUAUAUCUAUUAAAGUUGAAAGGUUCUAUAAGUAUAGCGCUAGUGAUCAAGCAUUAGGUAGUAGUUUUCUACCAGUAGCCUAAGUCGGUUGUCCAAAGGUACGUGUUUGAAGCAAGAAGCGAAGAUUGGAAGUCUCGCGCGUUGAUACAAAAGAUGUUGGCGAUGUAAUAGUAUGGAUGAAGAACCUCUAGUGGCUACAGAAGAAGCAACGAUCAUUGACGAUUACUCACACUCCAUAGAAACUUUACUUAAUCUACCGAUCUUAAUACACUCGAUACUAAAUUCUGAACACAAUAUGGAUACACCUAAUGAAUCAUCGACUAGUACGGAAGUUAUCUCAGAGAUCUCUGAAACACCGCUAAUCGUCCCAAGUGAAACUUCACUAGAUAUUGAAGGGCAACGGCAAAAAUCUCCUGAUAAAGAAACGGACGAGUGCACCACUACACAACCUACUGUUGCGACGACAGAAGACCCAGUCACAGAAACGGAAGAUAGAAGAGAAAUGGCUACCACCUCAAGACCUGAUGACGUCUCAUCUGAAUUAUCGGCUACUGCUCAACAAGAGAUCGUUGAAGAUCCAAUCGCAGAGACAGUCAAACAAACAGCAAAGACAGUCAAACAAAUGGAGAGUAUCACUGAGCAAACUGACAAUCAAGGCAAAGAAACAUUGAUACAAGCAGAACAAACGAAUGUCACCGUUGAACAAACUAUUGAGCAAAAUGAUUCUUUUGAACUGGGAAUAAACUCUAAAACUAUUGAACCCUCGGUAGGCAAUGUCACCACACCUCUCUCACCUGGCACUACAUCGCAAGACGUAUCUACUGCGAGGAUUGAACCUACUAUUAUAUCAGCUGCACAACCAUGUGUCACUGGAAGCACUUCUAUGGCUGCUAGAGAGCAAGUGGUUAGCUCACUUACGGCAUCACUUACUCAAUCAAAGGAAGUUAUGAUCAUUGAAGCUGACAAUAACAAGACCGAGAGUAUUCCUCAAAUGGACUCUACUACAGAGAGCACAACUCAAAGCAACCCUGAUGACACACCCAAACUCAGCACUGAAGAGACUUUAUCUUCUGUAACUGUGGAAUCACCAAACGCUGUACUAACUCCCACCACCACGAUUCAGGUUGAUAUACACAGCUCCUCUGCAAGUAAAGAGCCCUCACCUACUAGUACUGACCAGACGCCUCCAUUGAAGCCACCGCCCAGUGCUACACUACCUACCACUCAAUCUGCACCAACUACUACUAUUGUUGAAUCUCUGGUACAAAUCGUAUAUCCUUCGAUCGCAACUACCACCACAACGUUGGCUACCUUGUCCCUACAAACUGAACCUGUUGUAUCCGUACGAACCAGCUCUGUAUUUGCUAUCUCAGACUCUACGCUCGGCAAACCUAUUCUAACCUCUUCAGUACACGCCACGGCAAGCCCAAUGUCCGUUAUAUCAACCCCUCGUAUUUCUCCUCCCACACACGUACCCGUCGUCAAGGCUACUCACCAAAUUCCACCCCCACUCCAAAUACCGAAGGAACCUGAAGUGAUGGUGGGUAUGAGUGCAGAGAAACUAAAAGUAGGAUGUGCUGAAGUGCUACAAAGCUCGGCAGAACUACUUAACCAGCAAAAAAUCGAAAUCAAGAGCAGAGAGGAUGUUGUAGGAAAAGCCCCUCCUCAGGUUGCCGUGAUACCGCCAAUAAUUGAUCUAUUCAGGUCUCAAGACCCGUCUCGUUAUCUUGUUAAACAGCAAGGGCAGGGGCAAGGAUCGAUGCUUAAGAAGGGACGUGAGAGUGGUAUUACCUCCAUGGAUAAGAUGGGCCCUGUAGCUGUUUCUCAAAUGUCAUCCGUUCACAGAAGCACUUUGGAGGGAAAGGCUCCCCACCAGGUGGCAAGGAGGAUCUGGAUGUCCUCUUGUAGGCCCUUGGACCCUGCCUCGUUGGAGCGUAUCGGUGUGGACUCCAAGGGCAACAUGUACUGGUACGAUGGGGGCAAGAACAUGUUCCUCUCUCCCGCUUCAAAUGACACUGCCUACAAGCCAAGUGAGUCUGAGCUGCAGCUGGUGUGCAAGUCAAUGGUGCAGUGGACUGCCAAACUGAAGGAGUUACGAAUGUCCAGUGACCAGCAGGCAGAUACACAGCUGGCACAGACCAUCAAGGACCAGUACAUGAGCAGGGUCAGGGUCGCCACACAGCGCAAGCCCCGUGACGUCUCUGUAUUACAGAACCUCCAAGCUGUACACGCUGCCUCCGUAGCCCUCAAGCAAGCACAACACAACAAGUCGCACAUUGUCUCUAUGGCUACAUCGGACUCGUCCAAGGCGCCUCAAUUCGUCCAAUCAGCUUUCCCCCAGGGCUCGAUCCUUGUCGUUCCCCACGGUGGUUCUGCAUUCCACACAGUACUACCAAUGUUCGGUUCAAACCCGAUGAUGAUGCAGCAACCAGUAGCGGGUGUGACGGCCAUUGCUGGCAAAGACAGCUCUCUACCCACUACCUCAGUCGCCACACAGGCCAUCUCUGCCGUAGCCUCGAGCACAGUGAUUCCGUCCAACUCAAGUGCCAUGGCGGUAGCAACGAAUGAUUCGAAGAAUGUCCAGCAAUUUGAGACGAAUACGAAUCAAGAGACCAAACAAACAGCUAUGGUACUUACAAACGAACAAGCGAAAUCGCUAUUUACAAGUGAGCAAGCGAAAGCUCUAUUUAAUGCCAACCAGUCGACUGUUAAUAUGCCGAUGAUUAUGCCACCAUCUUUGACUGGAAGCGUUUUGUCAUCCAUGAUCCCCAACUAUCAGCAGGCGUUUGCUUACUUUGCUCCUGUAUGUGCAAUGAAAGUCACCGACCCUGUCAAAAUGGAGGACAUUAGUUUCGAGUGCAAAUCAAUUGAAAUUUCCGGUGAAGUUCCUAUCAAGAGAGUUCUUAUCGAUGAACACAAAGAGGGAUCUUCUGAAGAUAUCGAAGUGACUGAUUCUGCAACUGAACAACCGAAAAAAAUAGCUGAAUCCAAACCCGAGACUGCCAUUGUACAGCCAGCUAUGUUUGAAGGCCACUCCUCUGCUGAAGUCAUGUCGGCGAGGCUUCUUCUCUCACUAACUGGGCGUUCUGAGAACAUGAUUCCACAAGAUAGCCGUGCCCUUUUUGAAAAAGCGGUAUUAUCGAAACCUCUCACUCGCGAGGAAGCAAUAGCAAUUUCUACUCCUGUUAGCUCCUCCCCUUCCAGUGGCCGCAAGAGAAAGCAAACACCUAUCGCAAGUGCUAGGCCGAGUGUUUCUGAUGAUAGCUCUCUACCAAUAAAGGGAAAACGUGGAAAAAAACCGAAGGCAGAGGGCGAUAAAGUAACUCAAAAACGAAAAACACCUCAGAAAAAGAACCUCAAAGCAGAUGCAUCCACCCCAAACAAAAUAUCAUUAACAGAGCCCCCUAUUCCAAAAGUCGGUGACAAUGAGUCUCUAGAGUCAUCCCAAGCACUGGCUAGUAUGCAACAGUUUAAAGCAUCUCGUUCCUCAAAGCCUAUGAAAGAGUAUGUUAUUGAGACUGAUUCCGAUUCUGAUAGCAGCUCAUCCGGUUCCAGUUCAUCUCGUGCCAACAGUGAUUCGUCGAGUGAUAGCAGCAGUGAGAGUUCCAGCGAGGAGGAGGUGGUCCAGCCUAAGAAGGGCGUGUCCACUUGUGGGAGGGGGCGAGGAAGGGGGAGGGGACGAGGUCAGAGAGCUGCUGUGGACAGAUCAAAGGUCAGCUCAGAUGAAAGUGACGGUGGAGAAAAGAAACUGGCCAAACCUCAGGCCAAAAGAGGUGGGCGUGGCAGGGGAGGGGCUCCGAGGAAGCCUGCAAGCAAGAAGGCGCAGGAACACAUUGUGAGCAUCCCCACCAACAUGUUCAACAGCAAACCACUCAUUGGGAAGAAGAGGAAGGGACUAGAGGGUGACUCCGAGAAGUCCUUAGAUGCUAGCAAGAGGCCCACUACUGAAUUUGUGGCCGACGCCCCCACCGAUCUCGCCUCUCUCUAUGCCAAAAAGGGGGGAGUCGAUUUGAGUAUCCUUAGUGAACUCACUCAAAGUGUAUCUGGGGACGACGGUCUUCCCACUCGAUCGAAACGUACUUGUGUCCGUGUACGUGAACAGAUAUCGAAGCUACAGGAGAUCCUCGACGACGAUUCCGACAUAAAGCCAAGUCCGGGCAGUGCUGGGUCAAAGGUGAAGGGACGUGGCACUGGACGAGUGUCAACUGGUGGGCGGAGCAGUGAUGUUGGGCUCCAGGACUCUAGUGUGGCUAACUCGGCUAAGAAAUACAAACGUCCGGCAUAUAGCCAGUUCACACAUAAGAGGCGAAAGAGGAAAAAGAAGUCACCUGAAGAAGAGGCUCUGUGGCAGCCAGCCAAACAGCCUACUUCAGGAGAGAAGCUGACACCGAUGUACGUAUUCUCGACUACCUGGGCCAACAAGGCAGCUGCUACCGUUCAAGAUGGCAUGUACGAUAACAUCAUAAAGUUCCACAAGGCCCAACCAAAAGGCCCUGGCUAUUUGACUCUAGAUUCAAAGCAUAAGAAAUCUCCAUCACCGCAACCUAAGUCAGAAUCCGAGGAAAGCGAAGAAGAAGCGGAGGACAGCAAAGGCGACUCAGAUGACAAACCUCCACCCCCUAAGCGUGGAGCGAAAGGCAAGGCUAAAGUAAACACCUCAAAGAAAACUGUGACACCCAAGAGUGGGAAAAAACCUGUGAGAAAAUCACCACUGAUUCCAAAAGCUUUUCUGAGAUCUAGUUCACGUUUACGAAAGCAACGAAACGAUCCCGAGGAAUUUGACUCGCCGAAGGAGGUAACACCAAACCACACCCCUAGCCCAUCCCCUCCACCAGUCACAAGGCGUACCAGAGGCUCAACAGGAGGCAGGGUAACUCGUGCGUCUAGAAACAGUAUAGACAAGCAAAAAUCACCCGAGAAUUACCCUCUUGAUAGUGAAUCCGAAAGUAAUAUCCCCCCGGCAAGAAAAAACGAAUCAGAUGAUGAUAAGUACAAGAGUGAUGAAGAGACACUAUCAAAGAAGCCACGACUAGAAGAGUCCAACAUCGUAGGCACUUCUCCAGUUGGGAGUAGCCCUGGUAAUCCACCGUCUAAAAUUGAACCACCACCACCUAGUAAGGAUGAAAUCAACUACACUAUAUGUCAUGGCACACCACGAGAAAAGACAGACGAAGCGAGUCAAGGCGUGCUUCUGAAACCAAAAGGCCCUCUACCUACAGCACCCAUUGUAACACCUAGUGAAACUGCUUUUUCGCCAGAAGUUACUGGAGCAACAACCCCCACCCCACAAACUCAGCAUUCUCAGGCCGUCGUAGCUGAGCAGAGGCCUCUGAACAAGGCCACACCUAUUGAACAACCUCGGGAAGCUUCUGCGUGGAAUCCAAACUUGGGGCACCAAUUUGCCGGCAUGCAUCAUGGAUAUCCACCUGUAUACAACCCAGCCUUGCACGGAAUGGCGUAUCACGGACAUGCACCAGCCAUACACGGGAGCAACUAUCCAUUCCCGAUGGCGUACCCUUGGAGCAGUGCACAUCAUCAACUUCAAGAGCAGCACAGACAUUCUGCUCACUCUGCUGACGGUGUACAGUACAUGAGAGUGGCGGAAGCUAGUGGAAGCUCAGCCAUGGCGCAUGCCACUACAAACAGCAGCGUUCUUCAUCAACGGCAACAGCAGCAACACAGAGCUGCUCAGAUGCAGUCAAGUGCUGCUCGUCCGACAUUUGUAGCCGAAGCUCACUCGAAUCAGCUCGCAAAACCACAAACGACGCUUAGCCUAUCACAUCCUCCAUUACACACUCACACGUCUCCUGUGUCGGCAUCGUCCCCUCUUGGACACCAGACACCCCACGCUUUUGCUCAACCAGCUUCGUUGAAUCCAGACUAUCACUUUGGCUCUCCCAACCCACAAGCACACUCGCCUCACUUCUCGUACGGCUUUGAGCAAGGCGUUUCUCCGUUGCAGCAGAUGCAUCUCUGGCAGACACAGCAAAUGCAGUCUCCCCACCAUAUCUCGCAAAUUGCUGGCAUCCGUGCCCCUCACCUAUCAACACACAUGCAUGCUCCCGGACUAUGGUAUCCGCCCACUCAACCGAUGGCUCAUUUCAUGCAAGGAACUGGUGAAGUGCCUGCUGCACACUAUAAGAAAGCCGCUGGUAAACCUGCAAAGCCGUUACCCCAGGACAAAGCUGGCGCCAACCACAACACGAAUAAUAAUAACAAUACCGAAACAGACACUGAUGAACGAACCUUUCUCAACAUUGGACCAUACCUAGCAAAAUAUCAAGCUAAAGCGUUUCCGAUGGCAACUGGUUCACCGAGUGAUGUAUCCCUCGCACAAAUGAUAGUCUCGGAUGAAAUUUCCAAUCAGCAAUCCCCUGCUGGUGGAUCGUACUACUCAUCAAAUGCUGCUGACAGUUGAAAUUGAACAUUCAAUGACUGGAUUUGUAUGAAAAAUUAGUUAUUGCUACUUUUGCACAAAUUUAGGGAUUUUGGUAUUGUCUUUUUAUAAUAUGCAUCUUUUCUCUGUACGUAUAAAUAUAAUUCUGUCUACAUGUUAUA